AUGGACUCAGAAUCAACACCACCUAGUUAUACUUCUUUGGAGUACGAAAAUAAUUUGAAUACCAAUGCUCAAUAUCAACAAGAUCAACAAGAACAAAACAAUCAAAAUUCCGAGUUUGUACCUCAGUUAAUUAAAAUACCUAACUCCGUGCUGUUAAUUCAACUCAUUGACGAUGAUAUAAUUGAAUUAAAGGCUAUCACACCACACGUUGAAUGCAAUGAAUCAACCAUGUGUUUCACAAAAAAGGCAGAGACACACACUCACGAUUUUAUAGUAUAUACAGGCCUACAUUUUGCUUGUGGUGUUUUGCUCGUUAUCUAUUCCGGACUAGUAAUCAUGAUUGGUUCUCUUUUCUGGCUUGAUGAUUAUGAGAAACUUCAAACUCAAAACUAA